CAGAUAUAGUAUAUUGAGGACGAUUCAAGGCCAUUCCAAUAACCUUGUGAGCCGAGACGUACGAUAGUGUAUGUGGCUCAGAAUACUACGUAAAAAACUACAAUAAAUUUUUCUGGUUUGUAUAGACUGUUUCCCCACAAAAAGAAGCUCGGGGAAGGCAUUUAAGAAUCACACUUAUCGUACUACUUACCCAGUUUAACAUAACACUUUCUACGAAUUUGGAAGAUGAUCUAUGUAAAGGGGCACUUGCAUUAGUCUAUAGUGAAGAUUGAUACUUGCUUACACAAUUAUUUAUGUAUUGACGUGGCCAUGUCUUUAAUAUAAAAAUGAAUCGAUCUUUGUUUUAAUUCUAAAAUUCUAUUCUUUGACUUCCGUUAAUACUCUAGGUUUCCACGAUACUCAAGCAUGUUCACCAUUUCCAUUCUUUCACGGCUUCUAACGAUCCCAUACGUUCUUGCUAAGCUCACCGUAGAGUACUUCUCGAUCGGGACGGUCUUUACCAACUUCCAAACUAAUAGAAGUAUCCGUAGGAUCUGGACUGCUGGAAUUAUGCAGCACAUGAUCAAGGUGCUUACAGUUCCCUUCAUUCGUGACCAUGCACUGUACACGGUCUCUUCUCUCCUAGACAAGCUCUUACUGACGGUCAAUGGAGAUGGUGGUCUCCCUAGAUAUGGCGAGUUUUAUACCAAGAGGAAGUGCUUCCUUAAUUCUAUUGAUGCUGCGGAUUGGGGAGAAAAUCCACAUUCUGUAGACUCUCUUUGGCUUGCCCAUGGCGGUCCCAGCCGAAGUAAGAAUGACCCAAUUCUCAUAUAUAUCCAUGGCGGAUGCUUUGCAAUGCAACUUCAGAGAAAUGCAGUUGAAGUACUUGCCAAUGUAUACCGUGUUCUCAGUCGUGACUCACAUCCAAAUCUCUCCGUUCUCAUUGUGGACUACUCGUUGACCACAACGGGGCUGAAAUACCCUCAGCAGGUGAACGAAUGUGGCCAAAUCUACGACCAAUUGGUCCGUGAAGGAAACACAAACAUUGCAGUAAUGGGAGAUUCUGCAGGAGGGAACUUGUCAUUAGCCUUACUCUACUAUCUCCAGAGAGUCCACCCGAAAGGAACAGUGUGGCCGUCAGCAGUAGUACCCAUUUCUGCAUGGCUUGAUAUCACGGCAGCUCAAUACUCUGGAUCAUUCCGUAAGAAUGAGGCCCUUGACGUUUUUUCAUACCGUGCAGUGGAAUAUUUUGGUGAAGCGUACGUUGGAACUGAAUCUGACCUUGAUCGCCCCGAUCUCAAUAUCAGUUCCUUGUCCUCUUCAUAUGACUGGUCGAAGCUCCCACCGGUGGCUAAGGGGAAUGUCCUAGUCGUGUUUGGAGAACACGAAGUGCUCAGAGAUGAAAACUUCAGAUGGUGUACCAAUGCAGGGAUCACCAAGAAUCACCCUGAAAAUGUCAUUAUUGAGCCCCUUGGCUACCAUAUUCUGUUCUUUGUCUCAGAGGGGGUAGCCUUUGGCGACCUAGAAUCUUGGAAAGAGCAAAGCCUCACCAAGCAAAUUCUUUCGUUUCUUAGCAAGAAAUUGUAAUGUAGAGUAUAUAUAACAAACGCCCUCCCAGUGGGAUUGAAAGUUGCUCGUGACUACGAGACAUCACUUCCUCGCUAGAGGAACAAAGUCACCACAGUUAGUGGUCCACCGAGUACCAGCGGAGCUGCUUACAGACCCCGUGAUAUCCAAUCUGUCGCACUUAGAUGUAUUGUUACAUAUUUUAUUUACC